AUGAGUAGCGUACCUGGGUUCAACAGGAUUAUAGUAGUUGGCGCUGGCCCGUCGGGCUUGCUGUUAACUCUUUUGCUCGUGCAGAAUGGCAUUGAUGUUACCCUACUGGACCAGCAAAGUGACCUAGAUACCAAUCCUAGGGCCACCCACUAUGCGGCUCCGGCCAUGUUUGAGCUCAAUCGCGCAGGUGUCGGAGACGAUCUUCGCGCAAGAGGAUUUCUUCCCGCUGGGGUCAGCUGGCGCAAUAUUGACGGCGAGAUUCUAGCCAGUCUUGAUGCAAACGUCCUCGGCGAUGAUCCCGACCGCAUGACAUGCUUGCCUCUUGACCAGCUGGGGCAGAUACUCAAGGAACAUGUCGCGAAGCAAGACAAGGCAAAGGUGCUCUUUCAUCACAAGGUGAUCAGCCUCGGUCAAGAUGACCAAGAAGCCUGGGUUGUCGUGGAUACCCCCAAUGGCAAACAUACAUUCAAGGCGGACUACAUCGUCGGUUGUGAUGGGGCCAACAGCCAAAUUCGCAAGUCGCUGUUUGGUGAUUGGGAAUUCCCCGGCAAGACCUGGGAUCAGCAAAUUGUAGCCACCAAUACGUACUACGACUUUGACAAGUACGGUUGGAAUGACUCCAAUUUCAUUGUUCACCCGGAGCAUUGGUUCAUGGCGGCAAGAAUCACCAAGGACGGCCUGUGGCGAGUGACAUAUGGCGAAAAAGCUGGUCUCAGCCCCGAAGAAUUAAUUGCGAGGCAGCCAGAAAAGUUCAGACAGAUGCUUCCAGGGCAUCCCGGGCCUGAUGGGUAUAAAAUCAAAAACUUCAGUCCAUACAAAGUCCACCAACGCCUGGCCAAGUCAAUGCGAGUUGGUCGAUUCCUCCUUGCAGCCGACGCAGCCCAUCUUUGUAAUCCUUUCGGAGGGAUGGGUCUCACCGGCGGAAUCGUUGAUGUCGGCAACUUAUUUGAUUGUCUGAAGGGCAUCUACGACAACAAAGCCGACCCCACCAUUCUGGACAAGUAUAGUGCUAUAAGGCGAGAAAAGUACUUGGACAUUGUCGAUCCCAUCUCAAGCGCCAACCUUACGCGACUCUUUGAACUCGAUCCGGCACGAGCUGUCGAGCUGGAUCCAUUCUUCCAGAUGGCACAGAAAGCGAGCACAGACGAGAAAUUUUCCAGAGAAUUACAAAAUCAUGUAAAGAAUCUUCAGCAUGACUUUACACAGUAUUAUUCGUCUGGCGAGGAGGCGGAAAUCCAUUGA